GAAUAGGCCUUAUGCAAACAGUUUAUUGCAUGUUAUUGCAGGGUGCAUGCAGGAGCCCUACUGACACGUGCUGCCAUAGUUUCAUUUCCUGGGAAUAGCAUAUGGGUUGCCUAUCCCCUUCGAUCAUCUGUCAAAAUAGACCAAAUGCUAACACAUGAACUGACUGUAGCCUAUUGGCCCACUGUCUCCUAUUUUUUCCGUAAAUAGGCUAUAUAGGCUAAAGAAAUUGCCAUUAGUCCAAUGAAUCGCGAUGAAACGAUGGAUUAUGUUGUUGUUUAAGCGAGGAUUUCAAACGAAAUCUGGCAACAAAUGAUGCCUAGAUAAGUUUCGUUUUCCCUUCGUCAUGAGUAGGCUGCAUCUGCCCUGAGCAGAAAGAUUUGAGGAGGUAGGCCUAGUCAGAGUAGGUAUAUGGGCACUGAUGUAGGCUAGUCUGGCUUAGCUGUUUCCUUUGCAACAUAUGGCUGUUUCUCGUGCAUUCAGACGAUAACUUUCCAAUCUUCACGAAAAAUGUCUGAAGCCGCUAUCUUGAAAAUAAUUUGCGGGAAUGGAGGAGCAAUCGAUUACGAGAGACUCCUUGAACUUGCUUCCGGAUUUCCAGAUAUAAACUGCUCUGAAUUAGAUUCACUUGUCGGAAAUAAACAGUUUUUCCAUCUUCAGGAGAAGGAUUGUGUCAAAACAAUACUUGUCAAAACAAACAUGAGAAUCUGCAAUGUGUAUCAGUGCUCCGACUGUACAAAUCUUCAUCUUUGUAAGUUAUACCUUCAUGGAGAAUGCAAGGCAAGACCCUGUCGUUACGGACACAAUUUAAAUUCGGCCCACAACGCCCACGUUCUCUCUGACCAUCAGCUGCAGAAGCUCAGCAGAGCAGAGAUCAGGCAGCUGCUCUUGCAGAAUGACAGCCCUCAUUCCCUCCUUCCACCGGUGUGUAUCAGGUACAACCAAGGUGAUGGUGACUUCGGCAAGUGUGAGGACAAGGACAGCUGCACAUACCUCCACAUCUGCGAGGACUACAUCCGUGGCACUUGCGACUCCGGAGACUGCGGCCGGUCACAUGACUUCUUCGAGCCCCAGCCGAUGAGGACGCUGCGGAGGAGAGGUGUGCCCGGCGAUAAGGUGGGGUCCAUGCUGUCCAUCUACCAGAGGAUCUUGGCGAUAAGGGGCACGUUGGCGAAGGACUUGAAGCCCAAACCUGAUGCCAGGGCCAGGAGCAGAGGGGGCAGAGGGGGCAGAGGGGGCAGAGCUGGUAAAGGACAUGCCACUGCCACCACUAAUGCAGAGGUGACCAAAGACGGAAACAGUCCGGCACGGCCAGAGAUUAACGAAAUUUGCCUCUUCUUCGUCAGAACUGAUUGCAAACAAGGCGACCGGUGUUGGAGAGUCCACUGCAAAAUGCCCUACCAGUGGCAGAUGAAGAUGGGGGGGUCCUGGACCGACCUGCCAAACAGUGAAGACAUCGAGAGGGACUUUUGCAACCCAAUCAACACUACUGCUCUGAGGGAGGGCGACCCUAUUCGUUUUGACACCAUGACCUGCGGCCCGCAUGUCGUGCGCCGUCUCUCCACCGCCUCAUCCGUGGCCCAGCCCGACUUCAUCCUCACCACCGAGUGGAUCUGGUUCUGGCAGGAUGAGUAUGGGAAAUGGGUCCCAUACGGCUCCAUAAAAGAGAUGCACAGGUUGGCCUCCAUCUCCUCCAGUGAUUUGGAAAAGCGUUACCUGGACGACAACAAAACAGUGGUCCUCUUCACUGCUGGAAAAGAGCAGUAUGAACUCUGUUUCAAAGAUAUGGUGCAGAAGAAUAUGAGCUCUGGCCAGACAAGACCAGUUAGGAGAAGACCUAACUUUCUCUCUUCUCAUGGUGUCCAAACGGCCAGAACCAGCAGGAGAAGAGGCCCCUCCUCAUCACAGCAUGGCAGAGGUGUGCCAGGAUACUGGGACAAGUCUGCCGUGCCUGAAAAAGGAUACAAGAGAGUAAAUCUGCAAAGCACUGACCGGGACUACCUGAAGGUGCAGGAGCUGUUCAGAAAGACUCUGAGCGGUUUUGACUUUGUCAGUGUUGAGAGAAUCCAGAACAAGGAACUCUGGGAAGAUUUUCAGACGAAACGAGAACGGAUGAAGAAGGCCAAUCAGGACAAAAAGUACGCCGAUGGGGAGCGUCUGCUCUUUCAUGGCACAAACUCUCAGUUCAUUGACAGUAUCUGCUUUCACAAUUUUGACUGGAGGAAGUGCGGUGCCAACGGAACAGCUUAUGGACAAGGAUGCUACUUUGCCCGAGAUGCCUCCUACUCCAACAACUACACCUCCAGCUCCAACAACACCUACUUUAACAGCUACACCUCUGGACACGGCGUGCACUCCAUGUUUGUGUGCCGUGUGCUCGUAGGCUGCUACACCCGAGGGCAGUCUCAUUAUCGCCUACCGCCCUCGAGGGAUGGAGGCCUCAUUCUGUACGACAGCUGCGUGAACGACGUCCGUGACCCUUCUAUCUUCGUGGUCUUUGACAAGCAGCAGGUGUACCCCGAGUUCCUGAUCACCUACACUGAGCACAUCUAUCGUCCGCCAGUGACUCUGGUUUCUUCUUCCGACUCCGAUUCUGAUUUUGAUUUGGUUUCUCCCGUUAAGCCCACAGUAACAUCGACACAGUCAAAUUCUACACGCUACGACACACUAUGCAUAACCAGUGCACCACAGCUAGUGACUACCCUGAACACUUUGACCUCGAAUUCAUCUGUGGUGCCGUCGUCUGCCAGUCGAAACGUCCACUCACCCAGCGGCACAGUUUCCGUUCAGCUCUCUAGCUCCGACGCGUUGGCUCCGACGGUGGGUGCUUCUAGUCCCUUUUCUGUCUCGACAGCACCCACCAAACCGCCGACAGGGUCUCCCCAAAGCUCUGCCACAACACCCAUUACUCAUUAUCCGCGAUCCAGGUCUUCCGAUCCGGAUCCAGCCCAGGUUUCUGCCGUGUCCACAAUAGCCUCGGCUCCUGUUCCGUCUGCACCGAGACCUGCGUCCACUUCUUCCAAGCAGCCAAGUGAUCCUUUACGAGCAGCCCAAACAAGUAGGAGAGACCUCUUCAGUGAUGACAUGGAAUGGGAGUACGUACAUGCAUCAACAGACCUCUUCAAACGGCUCAGCGGUUCCACACUAACCCCUCAUCAGUCGGAUUCCAUUCCAGCGUCCAGGCGAUCGCUGUACUCGUCCCCGGACGCGUCUCUGGUCAGCUCCUCUACGAGGUCCUCCACCACAACGCCGUCGGCUCCGGUGAGGUCUGCCACCGCCAUCGCCGCCGCAAGGUCAGCGAGUGCCAGGAGGGUAUCUCCUCCGUUCUUGUCCACCACAACGUCCUCUUACACCCGACAGGUGCCUCGUUCACAAAGCCAAGACUUGUAUAAUGUCCCCACUCACAGGGGGCAGAUUAAUGAACCAAAGAAGAAAGAAGAAUGCAUCUUGCUUUGAUAUAGUUGUUUUGCGCAUUAUUUUGUGAUUUGCCAAGUUUUUAAUAUGGUUAAAACAAAUUGUCCCACUUCAAUGAAUCAAUUUCACCCUGCUACGUCCCACAACACUUUAGUAGUUCUUCACAAUUCAUGACACUAGUGUUCAUUUAGAAUGUAUCAGAAAAAACAAAGGUGGAUAUUAUAUCAAUGUUGGAUAUUAAUAUCCAAAGAAAAAAAGAAGAAAUUCCUAAUAAAUAAUUAAUCUAAUCAAGCCACUGAUCCAGUGUUUCAAUGUUUGCCUGCAUUUGGAAGAUGAGUUGUUUCAUUUGAGAGUGAUAUCUAUGUUCUCUAUCGUCUCGAGACCAUCUCUCCACUCCGUUACAUAUUCCAUGUGUGACACACCGGCUCGCUCGGUCAUGCCCACCCGAACCUAUAAAGACCUGUGGUGGUGUGUGAUCACUGAUAGUUUGAUUGGAACGGGUCUCCCGAGCGGCCUGAGGACUGGAGAGAUGGUCUCUUCACUCAGAGAACCAGGGUUACAACAUAACCCUGUGAAACACUAAAAUGCAAAAACAAAACAAAACAAAAACAUGCAUAUCAGGUUUUUCUUUUUAAUUUAUUUAUGGACACUAUGGACUCUUUUCAUGACUGAGUACAUGACAAUAAAUUUGAACUUGAACUGAACUCUAGGUGCUGGACAGAACUAUGUAGAGUGUGUGGAGUCUGUACACCUGAUGUCACAUGUGGUGUUAUUAAACUAUAAAUGUUUGAACACAA